AUGGAUGUCUAUGGCAGUUUGAGGGAUGAACUUUCCAAACUUUUACUUUCGCUGGAAAAGACCUCAUCCCCAAACUUGCAGGCUCUCAAAGAGGCAAAGAAUAUUGGUCUCCUUAAGAAUAACAAAAACCCAUUUUUCUUGCAAGAAAUGGAGGAGGGCACUCUAUAUGGGUUUACAGAUCAGAUUUCGUCCUCGUCGGCACGGGACGCCUUGUUAAGUGGGGCAAGAGAGAAAUAUUCUCCCCAUCCGCUGAGCUCUUCAGUGUUUGAUGAGCAUAGCGUUCGUCUUGAAGACUCCUGCAGGAAGGCUGGCGAUAUCGAAAGAAUGGGACACUCCAUAUUGGACUCUCUGCGAAAGCAGCGAGAGCAACUGGAGCACAUCAAUUUUAGCGUAACCCAUGUAGCAAUACAAUUUUUAGCUUGGAGCAGCAGAGAUGCAUGUGACUACAAACAAAGCCUUACGGCUUCUGCUGAUAUCUGGCCUAGCGCUUUUGCUCAUCGUUGUGGUGCUGAUAAGGUUAAGGCACUGAGGGGAUUUAUUAUUAUCGUCUUAUAA